UUGUGGUAGAUAUUCUACCAAGAUGGCGGAGAGCACAGAUCUGAAGCAGCUGAUGAACUCCUUUAAGAAGUUCGCGAUCCACGGAGACACCAAGGCCACAGGGAAGGAGAUGAACGGGAAGAACUGGGCUAAACUGUGUAAGGACUGCAAGAUCACCGACGCCAAGAAUGUCACCGGCACUGACGUGGAUAUCGUCUUCACGAAAGUCAAAGCGAAGACGUCCCGGGUGAUCACCUACGAGGAAUUCCAGAGAGCCCUGGAGGAGCUGGCCCCUAAGAGGUUCAAAGGUCAGAGCAAAGAGGAGGCCCUAACGUCUGUCUACAAGCUGAUAGAGGGCAAGGAGCCCACCAACGUAGGAGUCACGAAAAUGGCGAAGACAGCGCAGUGGACAGACUGACAGACACCACCAAGUACACAGGCUCCACAAAGAGCGCUUCG